UUUACGGCCGCCUCUCAAUCCCACGGUUGGACUACGGCGCGGCCGUCCGUCUAGUUCCGUAGGCACCGCCCUCGCCCGUUCCGAUUGGACGAGUGUCCGCUGAGCCACUCGCUGAUUGGCCAUAGUUUCUGCCAGUCUUUUUUCAGGCUGGGGCGCGCGGUGGGCCGCCGGUGGGAGCGCGAGUGGCUGUGCAGCGGCGGAAGUUAUCUCUGCAGGGAAGAUGCUUCCCUUGUCGCUGCUGAAGACAGCGCAGAAUCACCCCAUGCUGGUGGAGCUGAAGAAUGGGGAGACGUACAACGGGCAUCUGGUGAGCUGCGACAACUGGAUGAACAUCAACCUUCGGGAGGUGAUCUGCACAUCUCGGGAUGGUGACAAGUUCUGGAGGAUGCCUGAGUGCUACAUCCGCGGCAGCACCAUCAAGUACCUGCGCAUCCCCGAUGAGAUCAUCGACAUGGUGCGGGAGGAGGCCGCCAAGGGCCGUGGGCGAGGAGGACCACAGCAGCAGAAGCAGCAGAAAGGCCGAGGCAUGGGCGGUGCUGGCCGAGGUGUGUUUGGUGGCCGGGGCCGGGGUGGUAUCCCAGGUGCAGGCCGAGGCCAGCCCGAGAAGAAGCCUGGGCGACAGGCAGGCAAGCAGUGAGCAGUCCCAGCGUGAGCGGAGCCCAGGAUGGUAGGCGAGGCCUCCAGGCACUUUUUCGUGAAGCCCCACUUGGCAUCUGGUCCAGUGAAGUCCCUGGCUGGCCACUGACUCUGAGCCUGAGCUGCCCGUGAAGCCUUGGAUGUCCUUUGAAGGGCUGGCUUCUUCCAGGCUUGUUUGAAUUUCAUGUUGGAGCUGCAGGCUCAGCACAUGGCGGCUUGCCUGUCCUUUACCAACCGCACCCCUUAUGUCUUCUGUUCGAAAAAUAAAGGCAAACACCAUAGAAGGAG